CAAUUGCUACUGCAAUUGCAAUUCAGUUAGUAUAAUUUUUAAGUCUAGUUUACAGCUGUUUUUGUUGGCUGUAUGAAUUUUCUGACACAAGUGAUGGAGGCUUUAUACUAAGAAUAAUUAUGUUAGUUAAAAACUAUAAAUAGUAUGUGUAUUUACUCUGUUUCUAACUUCAUUUAUAACAUUUGCCAUAUGUAAUUACUAUUUUCAAAAUUUCUUCUGAUUUAUGUGCCAUUGUUUGUAAUACAAAGAUUAAAAAGAUAUGGCCAAACGCUUGCAAUACUCAAAGGGCCUCUUUCGUAACCUAAUAGUCUACAAUUGGGGAAAUUGUUACUCAAUUUAAAGCAAUAAGGAAUGCUCUAGGUAUUAAGGCCGUCGACAUACUGGCUGUAAAGAUACAGUCGUAAUAAUUCUUGACACUACAUUAGAUUAGAUAAGCAAUCAUCCACUUGACAUAACUUAGAUCUUUAUCGAAUUCUUUCACGUUUAUUUAACUCAGUCUAUCUUGUUAAAAUGGUCUCUCAACUCAACUUUAAAAAGGAAGUGGUUCUCAAUUCGUCUAUAAUUUGUUUUUUUAUGUUUGUGACUUAAGAACUUUGGACUAGAUAAAUCAAUAUUGUUGAUUAAGUUUUCAUUCAAUAACUGUUUCAUUUUCAAUUUCAUUAAGAUUUUUGCUCAUACUAUUUCAUUCACUGUAUCCGUAAUACCAAGGAUUAUCAUUAUUAUGUGUUGAAGUUCGGUCUCCAGGAAGCUAAAGUCCAGUCGUAUGACUUUUGAGAACCUUUUACUUGAGGCAGGAAUAAAGGUGGUGAUGCAAAUUAAAUUGCUGCAUGACAUAGUGAACACUUCAGUUUUAUUACCAGAGCGUUUGUUGAACGUGGUGUUUAUAGCCAUCACUCUUUACUGGUUACUGAGAACUGCAGCUCCCCACAGUCCUAAGCCCAUAGUUGUCUAGCAAUAAUAUUUGAUUCUAUGUUACAAUUAAUGACAAUGUUUAAAAUCUCGAUACAAAAAAUAGGCAUCCCUGUAAAAGACCACAUGGGUAUGUGGUCUUAAAAUUAACAGAUGGCCUGUCAGGUUCUCAAAGCUUCAUAUUAUUACACUAAUCUCGUGAGAAGGAAGCGACAUCAUAUUACAACCGAUCUCCUUGUCAGCUUCCUUCAAAUUGUAGUAGGCAUUUAGAACAAUAACACUGUCAAGAAUUGUUUAGGUGACUGUUGAAGUUUUAAGAGGGUAAUUAGAGGCUAAUACAACCAUGACAUGGAGAUAAUUUUGAAAGUUUAAAUGAUUAGCAGUUUUUUUGUUAAAUAGGGUAACUGACCUACAGCGAUUAUCAAGUAUGUUUGUAAAAACCACUUACGUUAUAAUGAUAUAAGAAAUGUGAACAGUAAUGAUGUAAUUUACAAUUAUAGCUGAAGGUGUAUGCUCUCAUCUAUUCCAUAGGUUCUAUCGUUUGUUUUUAUAACGAUCUAUUUAUUUUCUGAUUGUAUCUCUCAUAUAUCCUGGUUGAGUUUUUAUUCCCAUUAACGUCGCUUUGUGUUGUUUGGUUUUUUCUUGCCAAUGAUGUGACAAUAUGGUACUGGUUUCAAACUACAAAAGAUUUUUUAUUCUACAGACUCUCAGUUGUUAGACUGUUAAAUAUUCUCGAAAACUACCUUUCUAUACGUGGAAACCUGUUGCGUUUUAAAAGACCUCUCCAAAAUCUACCAUUGAUGUAAUCGUUCAUCCUUAAUCAUGUGGUCUGAUCAACCUUACUAGUUCUAAGGUAUUAAAGUGAAAAAAGCAUUGCACUGUAAUGCGCUUAUAUCUCGAAUCUCGUUAUCAUGCUGACCCAUAUGUAAACUUAUUACCACUAAAUGUGUUUCAUGCGGCGAUAAGCUUUACAUACUACUUAAUGCCUCUUAUCACAGAUAUUUCGUCGCUCACUUAUGUUAGACUUACACUGAAGACUGCGAAAAAAGUGACGGACUAGUUUUAGUUUUUUCAUUAAUACAUGUUCGUGCCGUCGAAUCUCGCUUAUCAUAUUGUGAACGAGAGUGCGGUGCGUCAAGUGAAAGAGGAGGCGCGCAUACAAGCGGCGUGCGGUCAUCAUUCCUUCAUAGCGGGAGCCGUGGCCCGCUGGCAGACCAAGAAAAGACUUUACAUUGUUUCAGAAUACAUUCCUGGUGGUGAGCUGCUAGCCUUACUCGACAAAUACGGCAGGUUACCUGAAGACCUCGUCAAGAUAUUCGUCGCAGAAAUUGCUAUUGCUAUCGAUUUUCUUCAUAACGCUGGCGUUAUAUACCGUGAUUUGAAACCCGAGAAUAUACUGCUUGAUUCUGAUUACCAUAUACGUUUGAUAGACUUUGGAUUGUCUAAGUGGCUGUCCAUCGGAUCGCGCACAACCACGCUCUGUGGGACCCUGAAGUAUAUGGCCCCGGAGGUUCUGAGUCGCGAGCCCUACGGUCAUGCAGUGGAUUGGUGGUCGCUGGGCGUUCUUACCUGCCGGAUGUUGACUGAUGAGUACCCAGCGCCUGCCAUUGGCAAGAGAGCAACGCCUGACUACGAGCUUACGCACGUUCCGAAUAGGAGUCCUACGAAUAUGGCGGCGUGUUCUAAUAGCAACGGGGAUAAUGAGCAACGGCAUCAUCUCAUUCAGCCUAUAGCUGGUACUCUGCCAAAGAGUGCAACCUCUUUGUCGAAUGCGGCACGAGGACUCCUCAUGAGAUUACUAGAACGAGAUCCACGGGUGCGGAUGCGGAACUUAAGGCAAUUGCAGCAGUCGGCAUUUUACAUGAAAUUUAACUUUGAACAUGUCAAAACCAAGAAGAUAUCUCCAAGGUCGCUUUUGGAGCAACAACUCCCAAAUGUUGCAGAGCAAUCAAAAGCUAAUAUAAAAUUAGCUAGUGAAAAGCUGUUUUUAACAUUUGAUCAACCAACUUUGAUUUAGUCAAUUAAGAAUAGUAAAUGCACUUAGAAAUAUUAGUAGGUACCUAUAUUAUCUAGUAGAAAUUUAAUGUAAUAGAAAAUACAUACAUAAUUUUAUUGAAUAUCAGCAAUAAUUAACAGGUGCCAUUAUAGAAUAACUUACUGACAUGUAUUUUAUAGAUAGUUAAACUAACGGCAUGUAGUCGGCAAUAAGGCUAACAAUUGUGCAUUCCUUCUGAAAAUCAUUCCAUUUAUUUAGCCAUGUAAGAUAAAUAUUUUUUUAUGCUGGCAGCUUUUAUUUUGUGUUUGCUAAUUAAAAUCGUAACAAAUUAAAACAUACAUUUGCAACAUACUUUCAAGUAUCUAGUUAAACUUAUUGUUUAGUUAUGGAUUUACGUUGGCCAAAAUGUAUUAAGUAAUAAUGUAGUAGGAAAAAGUAAUAUUUGUUUAUUUGUUAGCAUGAGUUUUAUACAAUAAGCGAUCAUUGUUAUGUUGCAGCUAAGAAUCUCAGAAUGAAUCUAUAUCUAUUUGUAAUAUGUAUUAUUGAUCAAGACGUUAAUAAAUUAAUAGCAAAGA